AUGCCCAGCCCACACCUGAGAUUCUUCUUCUGGGUCCUGCUGGUGGCGGCGCGAUCACCGCCGGGGCUCAUCCUCUUGGGAGGCUCAUGGCGGCCGCCGGCGGCCAAAGAAUUUUGCCAGAAGGUCGACAGGUUUUGGGCCUUCCAAGAGGAAUCCGGCGGGUGGGUCGAAGUCAGCCUUCCUUACGACCUGAUUUCUUGCUCCAUGGGCACCUGCACAAGUGUCGCCACCCUCCAUGUGAAGGGGGAGGAGGAGCAGAGCCUGCCACCUGCUGCGAAAGGUACAGAUGAGGGGUCUGACCAGGAACUGCCCGUGAGGAGGGGGUUUUCUCUCACUAGAAUGUCAGAGGGAUCCAUCUGGGUGACCGGGCAGAGCGGUAGCAUAUAUGAGAGGUUCUGGAACGGGGUUCAGUGGGUGGCGGCGCCCCACGAGCUGCCACUGGCUGCCGGUCGCGCAGUCUCAGUAUUCAUCGUCUCUCAGACCGUCCUUGUUCUUUCAGAGCUCGGGAAGCUCUACAAGGUAUACACCACCGGCAUCCUCCAUCUCUGAUUUCACUGUUCUGAGGCCAUGGAUAAGUACUCAAAUUGAGACGACCAAGUUCUCAUGCCCACUCGGUGGCGAGUAUCCUUACCUCAUAUGAUUGAUUCUGGUUGCAAAAAAUGAAUAAUUAAUGCACACGAAAUGAGUAAACAUGGAGAUAAACAUAAUAUAUGGAAUUUCAGCGAGGAUCAAUAUAACGAUUUAUUAGCAAGAAAAAUAAAAUCAAUGUAAAAUACGACCGGAUAUGUUCUAAGGAUGGUGUACGUUUUCUUACCAGCUCCAAGUGAGUGACAACACCCAACCAUCUUGGAUCGAAUCCCCACCGACGUUUGAAGAAAAUGAGGAGUUAAGCACUGCAGAAUGCUUGAGGUCAGGAGUUGCAUCGCAUGAUGGAGAGUGAGUAAUCUGGUACAAAAUUUCUUGCAUCACAUGACGGAGAGAGAGCGAUAGAGGGACAACUGAUCAGGCAAGAUCCUUGCUCUGUCACAGGAGGCUGUACCUGUCCACAGCGAAUGGCUCAUUGCUGGAACGCAAUGGGGCUCAACCAGCGAGGUAAGGAAGGCAUGUAGUAGUAUGAAGAGGCAAUAAGACUAGAUGACUAGAAUAAAUAGCUUGCAAUUAUUAUUUCCCUUUAUUGAUGCUGAACAGGUGGAGUGAUCAUGGGAAGCCCCCUGGAGGAGAUGUUGUAUCUAUAACUGAUGCUGGUGUUGUCCGUCCAGGGAUGGUAUUCACGGUAAGGUGAGUUGUUCAUACGAGCUCUCUUAGAAUUUGGAAAUCCUUUUUUUUUUUUUUUUUUUUUUUCCUAAGGAACAGUUUUGAAUCAAAUUGAUUGCUUAAUUUCUCGACUGGUUAGACGACUAGACUAGCCAGAGGAAAAACAGGCAAUUAUUAAUCUGUGAGGCAUCGUACUAAGUUCCGAUGUGCCGAAGAAAACUGGCUACAGAUUACUAAAAAAGUGGUUCACCCAAUGAAAAAAUUAAGCCGGUUCUUAGAAUAAUAUCCCCAGUGUAACAAGGAUACCUUUUAAUCCAUGAUAAUGAUCAUAAUAUGUGGAUGGUCAUCGCAAGAAUGAGUAUUAGUUUCAGUGCGUGAUAAAUAAGCAAGGUUGAAUGAAUGGUACAGAAAAUGAAAGGUUUUUGUUUAAUCCUAUUUACCACUGAAGCAGUUGAAAAGAAGCUCGUGUAAUUUCGUACUAACUUCUUUACGAUCGAAUUCCACGAAAUAAAAAUCCUCGCACAAAAAUUAACAGAUAUAAGAUACAAUAAUGACAGACUCAACCCUGAAUACAUUGGAUAGAACCAGGAUUUGGACAAUCGAAAAAAUGGGAAGGAGAAUUAUUUAACUUUUCAUUUUGCGGGAAUAUCACCCAAAGAUUUUCCUCCAAGCUUGAAAUUUCAGCCAGCGCAGCAGCCUGACUGGCAUGCUGUGCUGGAUUUUCCUUUUUUUUUUUUUUUCAUGAACGGAGACUUUCUAUUUUUUCACCAUUGAUCGGGGAAAAACAUCCUGCUCCGCGGAUGUUGGACGCCUAUGGAUGGAUAUAAUAAGUAGAUCGAAAUAAUCAGGUUGAAGAUGAGAAUUGAGAACAUUAAUGAUCCAAAAAAAUGCACCAGAGAGUGACACGAAUUAGAUAGGUUUCAAUCAUCUUAUCAAAUGGAAAGGCUAUACAAGAUUCAUUUUUGGCGCGGGCAUGCUUAGUGAAUGAAACCGGGAGAAAAUACAUUGUAACGUGAACCGCCACUGUCAACUCAUUAGAAGGAGAUUUUUUUUAGUUUUUAUGGCAGAUGAUGAAAUCUUUUCUUAUGCUGCAGUUCUGCUGGAGAACUCUAUGAAUUUAACAAGAACACGAAGCCAUCAUGGAAGAAGCAUAUUUGGAGUCAAACAUCAAGAAACGUUCGACUGACACCCAUCACAGGAUGUAUUUUGGAUGGUUUGCUAGGCCUGCAUUCGUCCUCUUUAUUUCUUUUAAGCAAGGUACUAACAACUUGUCCCGGAUAAAGAGGUCUAAGGAAUACGAAAUGUACUCAGAAGAGAAAUAGUGAUCUUGAUUAGGACAUAGGUUGACAUUAUUAAACUUGGAAAUUUAUGAACCGAAAACAUAUAAAAAUGAUGUUGAUCAUUGUAUUACAAUUUUCAAAACAUUGAAAUCAUGUCAUUCUGAAGAGUAAGCCCAUAUUAUAAAUACGAUUUAGAUAUAUAGCAUUCAUAAGGGAGUGAUUUUGAAUAAAUCGAUAAUUUCAUUUACGGUCAGUUGAUAACUCUCGUUUAUAUAUUUUAUAGGAUGGUUUUCUGGUGGAGAGGCGCUUUCACCAAAGGAAGUGGAAAUGGUUAACACAUGGAGCACCUGAAGGUCAAAUUUUGACAGCUAUUACACAAUUAGUGCAGACUGAAAUAGAAGAUAAGAUUUCAUCUUUAUUCUUUACUACUGCAACUGGACUCGUAUUUGAAUAUCUACCUCCAAAACAUUCUGGUGAGUCUCAAAUUUUGCUUUAAGAGGAAAAAAUGAUAUAUUUCACAGUCUGAUUGAUGUACUGCACUUUUUCUUUUCUUCCAACAAGUGGGUAAAAUGGGAUUUAAAAUUUUGACAAGCUGGGAAUGGAAUUUAACUGACAGGAUUUGACAGGCAUCAGUUCAGGAAAACCCAAGUAUUAUGAUGUUUAUUCAUAAGAAUUAUUUUUUGCUUUAUGUUUAGCUUCUAAGACCAAAAUGAAUCUUCUUAUGUCCUCUCAUGAUGACUUUCACAAAAAAAGAUGCAUGGUAUUCUCAAUUUUGAUUUUUAGCGUUCAACAUUGAAGGCAUCAGAAGGUACACGUGUCAGUAUAAGAAUUCCACCAAGAAAAAUAUACUUCCAACUUCCAACUCGUCAAACAUGGAAGUCAGAUUUGUAAAGAUUCUAAGCCCACAUCCUUGUGGUGCGUCAAGAUUAGCACAUCCUAUCUCACUUUUGAAACCAACAAUUCAUGGUCAUAUCAGGCGUGUGGAAGAAACGACUAGCAUUAUUUACUCUUCAGGAUAAAGUAGAAGGAUUACUAAAUAUGUAAAAACUGAUUUCAAACGGAGACCAUAGACCAAAUCGUAUUAGAGCUCAUUGUAUGGAAUACUAUUGAAUAUCACCGCUCACAGCACAUUGUAGAUUUUUUGUGCAGAAAUCUAGAGUAUCUUCGAGAACCUUCCCCUUGAGAAGGAAUUUUAGAUAACAGGUUCUGUUACCUUGGUUUUAUGCUACGACUAAUCCAUAGUGUACCGUGUAAUGGACUUGAUGGAUUGUAUAUGCAUAUGAGAAGAGAGAGCGCUUCUACAUUUCUGGCAUGGAAAUCCUACCAAAUCAGGAGCUCUAUCAAGCACAAGGAAUAUACUUGAAAAAUAGUCUCUUUUAAACUUGCUCGUUAUAUGAUUGAAAAGACUUAUGCCUACUAAAUCAUUUUAACUGAUAUCCGUUUCUAAACUUUUUCUUUUUCUGGUAUUUCCAUUAGUAAAAAAAUUAUAAGUGAUUAGAGGCGAGCCCUGCUGAUGGCAAAAUUUUCCCAGAGGAUGAAUCGACCCUACCUAUAAAAUCAAAUAAAUAAUAAAUAUAAAAAACAGAGAUAUUUAAACAGAAAAACAAGAUCCCACAUAUAUCUUUUCUACCCUUCUAACAAGGUGUUAAAAUAGUACUUAAAACGAAUCAGCACAAAUAUUCAUCGCCAUUAUGAUAUGAAAUAGAGCUUCGCAAAUCUCUACUCGUUUAGAGAAUUGAUAAGCUAGAUGAUUGCAUUCUCUAUGAUAUUCUGUAAAUGCUCGAAUUCUUAUAAAAAUCAAUACUGUUUCUCUCUUUUCAUUGAGUACACAACACUUCUAGUAGACGUACUCUGUGCCCUAUCAACUCAAUCUCUGUCAGCACAAGUUCCGUCACUUCAUACUUAUGACAAGUUAGCAAUAUCCUUAAUCUAAUUCAUUCCUACUGCUUCGGAUUAUUAUAGAAAAAAUAUUGAGACGAGAGAUAGUUUUUGGGUAUAACUAAUCCCAUCAAUGAGAUGCCCAAUAGUUUUUCUACUUGCUGCCCCCAUCAAUAAUCUGAUAACAACUUUGUGGAAAGUUGACAUGCAGGGGAAACAAACGCAGGGACAAUGGAUAAAUCAUAUGCAUCCACAGCAUGCAAAGGUAGCAAGAGGCAUACCUGGCAUACAUCUUGAGUUUGGAAGACUAGUUUUUCCACUGGAUGAUGGUAGACUUGGAGAACUACACAUGUCAAGUUCUGGUGGAGAUGGAUUAGGUCCAAAUUAUCAGACCAAUACAAGGAGGAAAACACCACAGAAGUAUGAAUGGUCAAUCGUAGAGGUCCCUGAAACAGAGGGAUGGAAUGCAGAAUAUUGCACCGAGGAAAGAGGACCAACCAAUUGCAUCACUGGUACAAAGAAUGUACUCAAAGACAAUGAAUUCAGUGAUACAGGACCUACAACAAUGAAAAGGCGAAAGACCAAAGAAUGUACACUUUACAUUCCUCUGGGUGCUCAAGAGAAAAGCGCAGUUGAAUCAUCAGAACCGAAAAACUAUCAAACAAAAAGCACUAGUACUAACUUCUGGUUGCGAUCCAUGCAUGCUGACCAAUCAUUUUUACUCACAACAGAAGGUGGAUUAAUUUUUGAGUAUCUUUACACAGAGAAUAUAUGGAUAUGGCUGAGACAUGAACACUUGACACCAAUAAAGGGAGCGUUGGCAAGCUACAACGGAAGCUUAUUUUUGGUAGACACACAUGGGAACUUACUCAUGCUUGAAAGGAAUGAAACAGAGCUAUCAUUGAUCAAUUGCACAGCCAUGAAAAGAGGAAGGAAAGUGACAGCAGGACCUCCAUGGGAUGGCGCACAUGAGAAACUUUGGAGAGUAAUGGACGAGGAUGCGUUGUUCUUUGUCAGCAAAAAAGGAAGACUUCUUCAGUUCACAGUAAGCUCAAAUACUCAAGUAGGAAAAAAUAGUAUAAAACUUUACCUUCUGCAGAGAAUAUGACUCUCAAAGAUAUCUUCACCGAUAGAUUUACGACACUCAUCAAAAGAAAAACUUCACAAAUUUCACAACAUCACCUAUUCAGGACUCCUAGAAACGAUUUCUGAAGCACGGACUUCCUAAACCUCUUGAAUUGGUUAUUGACGUUUCUAGUCCGGUAUGAAACAUUCGGUGCGGUAAAUUGCUCACGAUUAAUGAAUUUAUUCUUUGAUUACUCCAUCCCCUAAUUACACAAAAGCCUCCAUCAGGAAUUUCUCACUGUGACAAGAUCAAUCAUGGAAACAAAGUAGGAGAUUCUAAACAAUUACAUAUUUUAUCCUGUUGUAGGUUGCCUUCAGAAAAUUCAAUUGGAAAGACUGCCAUCAUCCUCCAAGUACAAAGAUUGAUUUCAUUGUUGAUCAAGAGGUUCUAAGGAUGAAUAUAAUAUUUGUCAUCGGUAGAGAUGGUCGUCUCUAUCAGUACAACCGAGUGACAGAACUAUGGCAUCAACACUGCCAAUCCCCUCACUUGGUACUACAUAAGUCACCUGCAACUGCUAUUCGACAGUCCUCACGAUCAUUAAUUGGCUCUCUAUUCAUGCUUCUGGAAAACGGAGGCCUUGUUGAGUACCACUGGGACUCACAGGAUGGUUGGAGCUGGGUUGAACAUGGGUUACCAAACAGAAACUUGACACUUGUUGGGGCCCCGGGCCCAUCUUUGUGGGACAGUCAACUGUUUCUAGUAGGGUCAGAUGGCCAAGUCUUUCGCAGGUACAUGGAUCAAAUGACAUGGAAAUGGGCAAGCCAUGGAUUUCCGUACCAAGCAAAUGCAUCUAUUGAAUUUCAGGUGACAACUACAGGUGAUGAGAAAUAUUUUGCUCACAAUGGUAUGGAUAUGCAAAAGGAGGAUAGAAAAGAUAUACAAAGCAUCGACAGCAGCUGUGAUGAUAAGGUAAGAAACAACGUCAGAAGAACUCGAAGAUCUAACGACCUCAACCGAAUGCAGGAAAAAAUGGCGCAGCGUGACUAGGUAUGAAAUGAUGUCUUCUGAAAAUUUGCAGGUAUCGGCAGUGAGGCCAAUCCGAUUCUCACAAGAUUCGCUGAUUUUCCAGCUACGGGAUGGAAGGGUAAGUCACCGCCAAUCCAAUUUCGUGACAUUAAAUAACAUAAUCAAGACAGAUGUGUUCAGAGAGUUUCAUAGAGGAUAGCUUACAUUGGGGCUCUGUGAUUUCCAAUGUUCUCAGCUAGCGGAGCUACGCAAAUCACAUGGAGACACAGAGGACUGGGAGUGGACUCGGAUCAUCGGCACCCCUACUAGUCAGUGCGUGAGUGGUUAUCUGACAAUAAUGGAUUCGUAG